AAGGACCAGGAUGAAUUCUUAGACGUUAUCUACUGGGCGAGACAGAUUUUAGGCAUUCUUUUAGGCAUAGUAUGGGGCAUUGUGCCAUUAAAGGGCUUCCUGGGAUUAGUACUAUUCGGUGGUAUCAGUUGUGGCAUUGUGUACAUUUAUUCCAUAAAUUUCCAAGGUAUUGAUGAGGAGGCUUACGGAGGCGCUUGGGAGCUGGUUAAAGAGGGUUUUAUGACGUCAUUUGCGGGUUUUCUUGUGACGUGGAUAAUUUUCUAUACUGGACUGCAUUAUGAUACUAUAAUGGCUGAGAAGGAGCUGUCAUAAAGUAGUUCCCAAAGUUAAGGAUUGCA